AUGGCCCGCCGCUCGAAGCAAAAGGCCUGUUUUGGCUGCGUCGGGACCAAGCGGCGCUGCGACAAGAUCAUCCCCUCGUGCUCGCGCUGUCUUGACCGCAGCAUCGAUUGCGUAUAUCCGGCCGGGCCGCCACGACGACAGCGUCUCGCGCUUGGUGGAGCUGGAAUCACGGCUGCUCCUGAAAUCAGACUGAGCGGGAUCUGGUCGCCUUCGGGUCUUGAUAUUGGAGACCCAAGCGAAGCGGAUAUCAUGUAUCAAGACCUGUUGCGGGAAAUGGAUGACACCAGCCAUAGCACCCUCGUUGACUCGGUAUCGUCGACUGACCUUGUUGGCACACUCUCAGAGCCUCCGUUUAUUUCGUCAGUCGUGCCAUUUUGCGGAGCUGGAGCCAUGUCCGUCCCAAACCACCUUGCGGCUUCAUCGGGUCUUGGUUGGUUUCUCCAACCCUCUACCUGGGCUGUGAUCAAUCACUACCAACCCCCUGCCUCGUUCCCGCCGGGGAUCGUCUUCUCACACUUCAUCCAAGGGUUGCAAUCUUGGCUCUCCUGCUUCCUCCGCGCGGGCCACAACGCCUUCAUCCACCGCCACCUCUACACCAAGUCCGGCAUACCGCAAUGUAUGCGUGAUGCCUUCUCCGCCAUUGCGGUGUCGCAGCAUGUCACUCCGGGGAAUGAGCACAUCGUCGAUGACGUCUCGUCUGCUCAUAUCUCCAACUUGCUUGCGUCCCAGCCCGAAGAGACACCGCUCUCCGUUUCUCCCCUCUCGACAGUGGCACACUUGGCUCGCACGCAAGCCUUACUUAUUCAUCUCCUUUUGGCUCUCUUCUCUCCGUCGAUACCGCGUCGAGCCAACGCAGAGAAACUCAUCCAAACUCUCCUCGAGUGGAAAACCCAGCUUUGGGAGUCCGCAAUUCGAGACGCUACUGCUGCGCAAAUGUGCGCAAAUGAGGUUCUAUUAGCUGAUGACAAUGGUGACUUAUCCUCGGAUUCAGUAUCCGCUUUGCACAAAUCAUUUAUCCUCUCCGAGUCUGUUCGGCGCACCUGGCUACUCUGUAGUAUUUCCCUUGGCGUGUACCACGGUCUUAAGGGUGACUGGUCCUACAGUUGUGCGGGAGAUAUCUGCAUCACCGCCCGCGCCGAACUAUGGAAUGCGACUUCGCCGGCACGCUGGGAGAUUGCGGCUCGCAGCCAGGACCCCUUGUUUAUUUACAGUCUUCAUGGUCGGUCGCUGGUGGAGCGUGGCGUGUGUGCCUUAGAAGUCGACGAGUUUGCACGCCAUAUUUUUACUGUUAUGUGGGGGCUAGACCAGGUUGAAGAUUGGGUUGUGCGGACAGAGGAUGCCGUUGGGCAUGUUAAUACCAGAGAUUGCUAUUAG